AUGUUUCGUCUGAUCUACCAGCAAUCGGGCAGCAUAGCCCGGUUCGGCCUGAGCGAACGAGGCCUGCACGUCACUAGUCCUGCCUUUGCCGAGCCCUUGCGAAAGAAGAAGGCAAUCGACCCGAGUACGACAAAAAAGCAAUAUGAACGAAAAGUACGUCGACUUGAGAAGGAGAUCAACAAGCUAGAGUCGAUUGACCCAAAGCUGAAGCCCAUUCUUGAGCUGCAACUGCCUCCGCAAGUGAAGAAGGAACUCGAUGCACGCAAACGCUCCGAAGUGGACAAAAACAUUCACAGUUUGCUGAAUGCCUACCUCAAAGUGUGGUCCAUCUACAAGACCAUCGAAACGAAGUCUGAACU